UAAUCUCCAACUACAUUUCCCCCUGUAAAAAUGGCGACCCGCUACAAGUCGUACGAUUCAUGCUCUUCCACCUCAUCAUCCAUAGACCUCAACAGUUGCUCUUCCGGCAAACCAAAACCCUCCUUCUCUAAAGCGCUUGUCAAAUCAAACCCCUUGGACGUCACCCAAGGUUGCCGAAGCAAGACCAAGUCCACCACCACUCACCACAACUUGACGAGCAUGGUGAAAAAACUCGUCCACAAUAAAUCCAAAAACAAGACAAUGGGUCAGCUUUUCAUUCCAUCCGAUGUACUGGCCGAGGAUCUCAAGAAGACCGCGAGAAAGGGAACUGCUUUGACAGCGUUGCAGAGGAAGCUGUUCGGGAACGGCUCCGCCUAUAAGGAGAGGAGAGCGUUGACGGAGGUAAAAGGGAAUACUAGGACGUUGGCUAUGGUUUUGAGAAGUGAGAGGGAGCUCUUGACUGCAAAUAAAGAGCUGGAGAAGGAGAUUGCUUUGCUCAAGCUUCAGCUUCAAGACAAGAACACAGAGGCUGAGAAGCUGAAAGGUUUAUGCUUGAAACAAAGAGAAGAAAUCAAAUCAUUGAAAAGUGCAGUACUUUUCCCCGACGCCAUGAAUUCUCAGCUUCAAGAACUUGUAGAAACGCAAGGUUCGGAGCUGACGCAAGCGAAACAACUGAUCCCAACUCUCCAAAGACAGGUCACUUCUCUUACAGAACAACUCCAAUGCCUUGCCCUGGAUCUUCAUCAGAUGAAAGCAGAUAAGUCUUGUCACCAGCGGCAUGGUAGCAUAUUGGAUGGAGAUGAACAUUCUGAUUCUUUGGAAUUCAGUUCUGGCGAUCGAACAGCUCCCGGUAGUCCAAGUGACUUGGUCCUUGAAGAUUUGAAUCCAUGUUUAACACCUUACUAUGUCAAGACAAAAUCCAAGGAAUUUGAUGGGGUUGGUGGCUAUUACUCGUCCCGGAACGGAACCUUACAUGAAAUAAAUACACAAUUGUUCAAUGGCAUGGCCGGUUACAGAUUGUCAUCGGGAUUCAAUUAGAGGAAGAACCGAAGA